CUUCCUCCAUCCUCCCCGGCUGCCUUCAUCCCCCUUCUCCUCUCGCUCAUCGUCUCCCCUUCCUCCCGGCCUCCCUCUCCCCAGUCCUCCCCUCCCUCCCUCUUCCCCAGCCUUCAUCCUCCUCUUCCCCAGCCUUCAUCCUCCUCUUCCCCAGCCUUCAUCCUCCUCUUCCCCAGCCUUCCUCGCGCCCUUCCUCCUCCUCCUCCUCCUCCCUCCGUCUCCUCACCCUCCUCCCCUUCCUCCCCGUCUCCCUUCCCCCUCCCUCCUCCCCCUCUCCCUCCUCUUCCUCCCCCAGCAGUGACGUCUCUGGACGUGCCGCUCCCCGGCCCGGCGCAGCCACCGCUCGGGGCUCCCGCACCGCGGCCCGGCCCGGCCCGGCCCGGCCCGCCAGGACCCUGCGGGGGGGGCGCGGGCGCUGCCCGGGGCCGCCCAUGCGGCCGGGGGGCGAUGCGGGCGGCGCGGAGCCGGCGGUAGUGCCCGCACCGGGCCCCCCCGGGAGCAUGGGCUGCAUCGGCUCCAAAACCACCAUCGUGGCCGUGGACACGACGCUGUGCGUGGAGUGGAAGGAGGUGAAAGUGCUGUCGCCGCUGAGCGCCGCCCGCCCGCUGCCCCGCCUGGCGCGCCAGGCCUCCUUCGACAGCCAGGACUUCCUCCAGGUCAAUGUUGAGGACACUGUCGAGAUGCUGCCCAAGUCGCGGCGCGCGCUGACCAUCCAGGAGAUCGCCGCCCUGGCCCGCUCCUCGCUGCACGGCAUCUCGCAGGUGGUGAAGGAGCACGUGACGAAGCCGACGGCCAUGGCGCAGGGCCGCGUCGCCCACCUCAUCGAGUGGAAGGGCUGGUGCAAGCCGGUGGAGCCGCCCACCGCCCUGGAGAGCGCCUUCAGCUCCUACUGCCACCUGAGCGAGGGCGAGCAGGAGGCACGCUUCGCCGCCGGCGUGGCGGAGCAGUUUGCCAUCGCCGAGGCCAAGCUGCGAGCCUGGUCCUCGGUGGACGGGGACGACUCCAACGACGAGUCCUACGACGAGGACUUCAUGCCCUCCACGGAGAGCUCCCAGCCCACCGAGCUGCCCGUCGCGGCCCCCCCCGGCGCGCUGCUGCGGGACCUGCUGCAGGGCCACCUGUGCCAGCUGGGCGCGCGGCACGGCUCCUGCGAGCCCGAGAGCGACUCCUCGCACACCCUCUCCCCCGAGACCCUCUGCUCCAGCCUCUGCAGCCUGGAGAUGGUGUCCCCCUCCGAACUCACUGCCAAACUGCUGGGCUCCCUGGGGGGCGAGGACCUGCUGCUGCCCAAGCUGGCCCCCCCUGCCAGCCAAAGUGCCUUGCGGGGCCUGGCACGGCUCCGGUGCCAGGACUCCCUCUACUCCGUGUCCUACGCCGACGCCUGCCUCUCGCCCGCCGAGGACGAGGUGGUGCUGAGCAAGGACUUCCCGCUCCGACGGAAAGUCUCCGACGUCGCGUCCUCCGGGGUGGCAUCGCUGGAGGAGGAGGAGGAGGCCGAAGAGCCCUGAUGCCCCCCCCCGCCGGGGUGCCCUGCCUCUCCUGGUGGGGGUCCAGCCCCCCCCGCCGCCGUCCCCCGGCCGGACCCUGCGCUGGGCGAGGGGACGGGCCCUGACGCUGCUCCCCGGGCGCGGGGGGGGCUCAGGGGGACACCGCAGCCCCCCCGCGGGCAGCGUGCCCCCGCCGUGCCCUGGCCCUGCUUGGCCACAUCGUUGCCCUCCUGGAUUUUUGCAUGAGAGCGGGGAAGGGGCGCGGGGAAGGGCUUGGGGGGGGUCCGACCCCCCCACCCUGACGCCCAGAUGUGGCCCCCGAGACUGACGGGACCGAAUCAGUGGGGCUGGUUGUUCGCAUGUUCCCCCCCCCAAACCGCCCCGGGCUCCCCUUUCAGGCACGGGUUCCCCCCCCCGUUGGCAUGACCGAACCCCUCGCGAGCCCCCGCCCGGCACCCCCGGCUCGGGGCGGCGGGGGGGUCUGGGGAGCGGGGGGGCUUUUUCCCCUCUCCCCCCAGCCAGCUUUUAUCGGACCGAGUUUUAUACUGUGAACUGCUGCCUCGGGGCACGGGGCCGGUGUGGGGGCCGGGGGGGGCCGGGGGGUGUCGGAAGUGCCGCCGUGCGGGGGCUUUCUAUAUUUUUGUAUGCGCGUGGGGCCGGCACGGAGAGACAGCGGGGCCAGGGGGAGCUCCCAGGCUGGGGGUUUGGGCCACCAGCCACAGCACCCCCGAGCCAGCCCUGCGGCGGGGGGCUCAGCCCAGCCAGGGGCCCCCCCCGUCUGUCGUGGGGCUACGCAGGGUGGAGCGACGGGGGGGGGUCCCGGGACCGCGGUCCCCAUCCCUGGGUCACUCGCCCCUAGCAGGGAACCAAGUGCCUACACGAAGGGCGACCAGCACCCCUGUCCUGGCUGGGGGGGCCACCCUGGCUGGGGGCCCCCUGGGGCCGCGCCGGGGGGUCCAGGCAUGCCGUUUGGGGGAGGAAUGCCAGUUUUUGCCAACGCUUGCCCCCCCGCCCCUUCCCGCAUGGCACGUGUUCUUGUGGGGCCGCUUGCCCGCUGCAUGCUGCUCCUCGCCCAGCCCUGCACCACCCCCCCCCGACUCCCACGCACCCCCCCAGCACCCCCC